CGUGCCCGCGCCCCCGCCCGCCGCUGCCCCCUCCCCGAUGAGCUCCUACUUUGUCAACCCGCUGUACUCCAAGUACAAGGCGGCGGCGGCGGCGGCGGGGGAGCCCAUCAAUUCCCCGUACUACGACUGUCACUUCGCACCCGAGGUGAGCGGCCGACACGCCGCUGCUGCCGCCGCCGCCGCUGCCGCCGCUCUGUUCUACGGGAACGGCGCGGCCGCCGCCGGCUUCCCGCACCCCGCGCCCGGCGGGGUGGGGGGCGGCGGCGGCGCGGCCGCGGACUUUUACCACCCGGCCGGGGGGAGCCCCACGGCCGCCUACCAGCCGCCUCCUCCUCCCCCCGCCGCGCCUCCGCCUCCUGCCCCCUGCAGCGGGGUUACCUGUCACGGGGAGCCCGCUAAAUUUUACGGAUACGAUAACUUACAGAGACAGCAGAUUUUUACGACACAGCAAGAGGCCGAGCUGGUACAAUAUCCUGACUGUAAAUCGUCCAGUGCUAAUAUUGGCGAGGAACCAGACCACUUAAAUCAGAGCUCGUCUCCUGCUCAAAUGUUUCCCUGGAUGAGACCACAAGCAGCGCCUGGUAGGAGGAGAGGAAGGCAAACGUACAGCCGAUUCCAGACUCUAGAGCUGGAAAAGGAGUUCCUAUUUAACCCCUAUCUGACCAGGAAGAGGAGAAUCGAGGUGUCCCAUGCACUAGGACUCACCGAGAGGCAGGUAAAGAUCUGGUUUCAGAACAGGAGGAUGAAAUGGAAAAAAGAGAACAACAAGGACAAAUUCCCCGCUUCCAGACAGGAGGGAAAGGAAGGGGAGGCCAAAAAGGAAGCACAUGAUCUAGAAGAAAACAGAGCUGAAGGCCAGACAAAUUAAUUUUUGCCCUAAAACUCUUUGUGAAAGGCAAUCAAAAAUAACCAGGACCGUCGCCUGACAUCUCGGUUCAUCUACCGCUGUACGUGAUCUUGCCGUAGGACGAGUGACCCCGUGUCCCUCCACUUGACAUUUCCUUUCUUCGGGUGCUUCACUUGUUUAUGGGUUUAUUUUGUUUAUAAGCGUAUCCAGAACAAUCUCUAGAUUUAACAGUUCAUCUACUUUUUUUUUGCAAAUUUGAUACAGAGUUUGUAGCAAUAAAUUUCUAAUUAUAUAUAAAUAUAUAUAUAUAUUUGCAAUCUUAAAAGAUGGUGAUUGCGGGAAACGACAUAAACUUCCUAAUAAUAAAUACCAAUAAGCAAGACAUUUAAGAAUGCUUUAUUAAUCAAGACAAGUGCACUUGUACUAUUUUAAUUCUUGUUCUUAUGUUGAAUAAAUUAUAUAAAUUUAAUAAAACUGAAGAAAAUAUCUUAGAAAUA